AUGCCGGGACCAAAACAGCGCCACUCCUCGCCCUCGGGCGCCGAGAAAGCAGCAAAAGACCAGAGGCGGCGCGCCACGGCCCCCGCCGCGCCGACGACGAUAGACACGGACUCGACACCGUCAACGCCACGGCCUGCGGAGCCGGCCGAUGCCGGCGAAAGCGCCUGGGCGAACGGCCGCCUCGUGGAACUGCUCCACGAGGGCGACGGCGCCGCCGCGAUCAACCACGUCAACGCGCACGUGGCGACCUGCCCGUCGCUCGCGCGCACGGCCAUGGAUGCGAAGACGACGCGGUCCGCGCUGCACGUCGCGGCCGCCGCGGGCCAGCCCGCCGUCGUGCGGCGACUCAUCGCGGCGGGCGCCGACCCCGCGCGGCGCGACAAAUUCGGCAAGACGGCAUUGCACGCGGCGUGCGAGCGCGGGCAGGGCAAAGUCGUCAACGCGCUGCUCGAAAUCGGCGGCGGCGCCGCCGGCGACGCCGCGCGCGACUCGAAGCUCGCCCAGUUGCUGCGCGCCGGCCCGGCGAAGCAACCCCCGAUCCACCUCGCCGCGAAGAACGACGACGCCGCCAUCUGCCUACAGCUCCUGAAAGCCGGCGCCCGACCUGACGAGCCCGCGCCGGCCGACGGCCGGACGGCGCUCCACGUCUGCGCGCGCUUCGACUCGGCGCGCUGCGCCGCCGUGCUCCUCGACUGGGCCGCCGACCCGCUGGCAGCGUCGACGGUCCCGCCCUAUCACAACCCGCUCCACGUCGCCGCGUCGCACAACGCGGAGCGCGUCGCGCAGCUCCUCGUCGACCGCGGCGGCGACUUUCACGGCCCGACGAAGCCGCCCAAGGGCUACGCCGGGCCCCUUCCGACGCCCUGCGAACUCGCCGUCGCGUGCGGCCACCGCGCGCUGGCCCGGAACUGCGGCGCCGCGGCGCGCGAAAGGCGGGCGCAACAGCACCACGACCUCGAGGAGGCGAACGCCGAGUACAGUCGCGUGGCCGGGCGCAUUGCGGCGGCGCGGCGCGAGCGGGACCUGGCCGCGCGCCGCUUCGACGACACGCAGCGGAGCUACGAGAUGUACGCGUCCGAGAACGCCGCGGGUAUCCGCGCGUCCGUGGGGACGCCCUCAGGGUCGUCUCGGCCGUCGUCGUCCCUGCCUUCGUCUCGGCCGUCUUCCCGGCCGUCGUCGCGGCCGUCUCGGCCUUCCUCUCGGCCGGCGUCUUCUGGCUUGAAUCGCUCCUCUGCCUAG